AUGGCGAUGAUGAUGACUGGCCGUGUGCUGCUGGUGUGUGCCCUCUGCGUGCUGUGGUGCGGUGCCGGCGGUAGAUGUGACGAGGCGCUACCUGUUGUCGUUUCAGCUGUUAAUCCUGCGAGUGGUGGUGUUGUUACCGACAAUGCCGCCGGUCAGACUGCACCUGGUGAAGCGGAAGGCCUUUCUGCGCACCAACCACAGCUGGAAAGCGUUGGGGGUUCACCUUCCGGGGGCUCGCGAUCGCAAGCUGAUUUACAGCCUCAAUCGCCAACAAUACAGCUGACACACUCCGGCGCCGAAAAUACGGUUCCGUCGACAACUUCAAAACCAUUGGGCGAAAAGAUGCAAAAUGUACCAGACGAAGGUCCACCAGGGGAACCGGGGAUUUUAUCCAGCCAAGAGGAGGCGAUAAAAAAAACAAUUGUAAAUCAACAGAGUAAUGAUCCGCCAUCUCAUUCAAUUAACAACGAUGUUGUCAGCCGUAAUAGUGGGGAACGCACAGAAGGUAAUUCGAGGCGUGCUGAAACUCUUUUUGCCGCACAUUCAGAAGAGGGCCAGGAACGUGAAAAAGUUACUCCUUCCUUGGAACAACCUCACGAAACGUCCACGGCCGCACCGGCCAUUACCACUCAAACAAUUUCCAUGACGCCGCCCGACGAAAGUGAGAUCAACACCGUCAAAAUAAGUGAGGCAUCACCUCAAUCAACAGGGACCGCUCAAACAAAUCAUACGGCGACACCUGGCGACAGCGACAGCAGCACCGCGGUCUCCCACAACUUCUCCCCUCUUUUGCUUCUUGUUGUUGCGUGUGUGGCUGCGGCUGCGGUGGUGGCUGCGUGA